AUGCUCACGGUCGCGCUCACCGAGCUGGCGCUCCGCGCCGGCACGUGGCUGCUCGCGGCCGCGGCGCGGCGCCAGCUGGCGCCCACGAGCUACACGCGUAUCCUCGCGUACACGGCGCUGGUCCUCGCACCACUCCUACCCACCUGCUGCACCAGCUAUGCUGGAUUCGCCGCAACGCUGCUCUUCUGCUCUGUUCCUUGCUGCGCGGCGCCGAUCGGACUGUCCGCGUGUGCCUCUGCAGUGCUCGUCGAGAACAAACUGCCGGCCGAUUUGCUUCUCCCGCCGCCCGGCACGAUGGCUGCGCUGGCACUCCCAAGCACGCUGGCCGCGCUGUUCCUCGGCCCAUCGGACUGGGGCGCCGAGGUCGCAGCGGUUGCGCACAGCGUCGCGGCGCGCGUGGCCGAGGCGGGCGGCGACCCGACGACGUCGAUCCUUCUGAUGGGCCAGUCGAUGGGCGGCGGCGUCGCGGCGCAGCUCGCGGGUCGGCACUACCCGUGGCUGCCGUGCGUCAACGAGCGCUCCUUCGCCUCGCUGUCUCUGGUCUCCGCGUGCACGGUCGGGCUGCACCGCUCCGCGCUCGGCCGCGCCGCCGUGCGCUUCGUGCUGCGCCUCGCCUUCUCGCGCGUGCCGUGGCGCGCGCCCCUCGAGAGCGCGGAGCACUGGCGGCGGCUGCGCGGCGGCAAGAUGCUCGUGUACCACCCCAACGACCGCGUCAUCGGCCACGCCGCCGCGCUGCACACCGUGCUCGAGCAACGCGGCCACCUCGACGGCACUGAGGUCAUUCGGCUGGGCGGCAGGCCGUACGACGCGCACAACGAGGACCCGGACGUCUUUGCGCCUGUCGAGUGGGAGGCCGCGACGGCGUGGAUGAGGCGGGCGUUGCACCUGGCAGGGCCCACGGAAACAGCACCGAGUCAGCCGCCUCCGACAAGGAGGGGCCGCAGCCCCCGACGCGCAUCGUGA